AUGACGAGCCUCGUCGCCAAGUGGGUGAGCAAGAAAAUCCUGGCCGAAUCUGUGCAAAAUCAGUUCGGCACAGAGGAUCCGUACUUUGAGAUGGUCCCGGCCACCCGGCUGGAUGGCACACCAAAUGGAAAAUUCAAGAAGCGGAGAAAGGCUUUGCCGCCAGGCAUCUCCAAGCACGAUGCCAAAGUCCUCACCAAGGUCAAGAGGCGGGCAUACCGCCUUGACAUGGCGCUAUUCAGUUGUUGCGGUGUCCGGUUUGGCUGGUCCAGCGUGAUUGGUAUCAUUCCUGCGAUCGGAGACGUUUUCGAUGCGUUUCUGGCCAUGAUGGUCUUGCGCACUUGCAUGACCGUAGACGGCGGCAUCCCCGCCACCCUCAAGACCAAGAUGAUGGCCAACAUCAUUUUCGACUUCGUCAUCGGCAUCGUCCCGUUUGUCGGCGACGUCAUGGACGCCGUGUUCAAGGCCAACAGCCGAAACGCCGCGCUGCUCGAAGCCCACCUUCGCGAGAAGGGCAAGAAGGAACUUCGCAAGAGCGGAUUGCCGAUUCCGGAAGUCGACCCUAGUCUGCCCGAGGAGUUUGAUAGGACUCAGCGCGAUGACCUCCCCGAGUACACCGAGAGCCAGCCCGGCCGACACGAGAGGAUGACAACCGGCACUCGGCAGGAAGGACGUGCCCGCCCAGCAGCUGCCACUCCUCCCGCCGCUAGAGUUCGCAAGGAAAACAGAAGCUGGUGGACCUACUUUAGCAGGCCUCGGAAUACCGACCUGGAGAUGGGCCAAGGCGACCAGAGUGCCACGGUGGACCCAAAGGCUCACGGAAACCAUACCGAGCGAACGAGGUAG